AAACAAAGUAAAGUGGGACAAAAAUAAUCAAAUUUUUUUUGGAGGCCCUCUGUUUCUUUUACUGGUAUGAAUUUACAAUUUUAGUAUGAUGCGCUUUUUAUAAUGUAUGACGCAUAUGUCUUGCACAUUCAAUGCAGGUGUUUUAUGUGGAUCGUGUUGCUGUUGACACGAGGUCUGUACCAAGGAUGUUUCCAGCAGUAGUUGGAUGGACUACUAAAACACUUCGAGAGAGAGAGAAUACAGAAGUUAAGGAUGGAGGAUUUGGGAUUGGACAUGAUGAUGGAAGAUUGGGAGUAGAACAACUGAUUGUGAUGGUGAAUACAAUGGAUGAUGAUGCACAGGAACAUGAAUCUAGUGCAAACGAAAGUGAUGCUCCAGUGGACUUGGUGGUGGAGGAUUCCGAGGAGGACGCUCCAAAAACAGUGACUCGCAGUGCCAACUUUGUUAAAAUGCAAAAUGUGUGGGGUAAGUUAAUUGGGAUACAUGUUGAGAAGGAUGGUGCAGAUAAAACAUGUAGUGUGGAACCUCAGAGCGUGCUCUUGGAUGACAAUCCAAUUUGGAGUAGUCCAGAGGUCAUAGUUGUUGUUGAUUUAGCUGAGAAGGCAGCACAGAAAACAUCCAGGAAGAACAGCCACUCCUCAAUAUGCAUGGUCCGUGGUGACCCCUCUUCGUUGGACCCAUCUCCUUCCAAGGUAGUGGAAGAAUUCCCCUUCCCAGAUCUCUCUUAUCUUAUGGUGGAAAAACCAACGCACUGCAUGGACAUCAUCCCCUUCGUCUCACAGCUGGACUCACCUCUUGACAAUAAGAAACCUUUCCAGCGAACUCCCGGUAGCAAAGAUGACUAUUGGACUCUCACAAAUCUGGACUGCAAUUGGGAAAAUACUGAGCAAGAGGAUCAAGAAGUGGAAAAUAUCCCUAUCUUGUGUCACUGUGAAGAGGAAGCUAUGCCUUUCAUCAUUGGAAAACUGGUUCCUUUGGAAGUGGACCUCAAAAACUGCUCUCAAGUCUCCUUUCCAAUCCCAAAACCCACAAAAGCCAAGGAACAGAUCCCCCGAGUAGUAGGGUUACAAGAAAUAUUAUCCGCGGCUACCCUUCACCCGAUCGCCAUCUUCACCGGAUCGAAAAUCAAUCGCCAUCUUCACAUCGCGCUUACGAUCGCCAUCUCCAAGACAGGACGGUAUGCUUCUCUCCUCCUCUUUCGUUUUGUUUGUUUGUUUGUUUGGGAUCUGCUUAAAUUUCUGUUUUAUAAAGCAGCAUAAUUUUUAUUUAUCAGAUGAAUUGAGAUUCUUUACGUAGUUAAUCCGGCUGCUUUGAAAGAGAUUAUGAAAUAACCGAAGUGUUUGUUGCUCUUGAUGUUCUUGGAUGAUGAAUACCCAGCUGUGGAUUGUGAAUAGGCUUUGGUUAUGAUUAUUAUAGUCAUCCCUCAGAGUUGGAGUUUGUUCUAAUAUGUCUAAUAUGUCAAUACCCAGCUGGUGUUUGUUCUAAUAUGUCAAAACUACUAGAUAGAGUUGCAGAAGAUGGUUGGGUUUCUGGUAAUUUUUUUCUGUUUUUUCUACAAUUGUGUAAUUUUGAGUACUCUUUUUUUUUGUAAUUCUAGUUAUCGUACUUCGUUUUCUGCAGUUUUGUUAUUGUACUCUGUUUUUUUGCAAUUAUCUGGACUUGUAGG